UUGUCUUGUCAGCUUCGACUUCAGCAUCAAGUUGGCCGACUCGUCUAAGAGCAUUGGACUCGUCAAUCGCAAUCUUCUGCCAGUGUUGACUCGGCCAGACCCAGGCUUCUCUACUAUACCCUCUCCUUCAUUUUCCAUCUGGCGCUUUAGGCAAACCGUCAAAAUGCCUCCCAAGGAAGGAAAGAGUACGAACUUCAAGACGUACGAGGCCCAGCUGCGUCUCCUGGCGGCAAUCGUUGCUUCGAUGCCGCAGCCGUGGAAGUUCGAUUUUAAGGAGAUUCAUAAGCUCUUCGGGGAGAGUACCCCUGACGGCAUCAGUUGGCAGAUGCGGGCGGUAAAGCAAGGCGCAAACGUGCUGAAGACGGCCAGAGACAAUGGCGAGGACCCUGUCGCUGCCUUCACCGAUCACUUGUACAAGGGUGAUGGCAGCCGCGGUGCCGGUACCCCGGCCACGCCCAAGCACCGGACCACGAGCCUGACCAAGCGGGCUCGGUCUGCGGGUAAGGCGCCCGCCUCGGGCACCACUCCGGCGAGUAAGCGGCGUAAGGCCGAUGUCAAAGCCAAGGAAGAGUGGGAAGACGACGAGGACUCGCCGGAGGUGGACUACGACGAGCUCGACACCACUCCUACCAAGCUCAAGCCCAAAGUCUUGAGCACGCCGCGUAAGUUUCCGCCGUUGCUUCCUCACGAGGCCUGGAAGAACCCUGAGCCGGGUUCUCGCCCGGCGGCCAAGCGGCACGUCCCGAUUGCGCCAGCUCCGCCUCGCCCGGCCGCGCCGUCGUACAACCUGGCGCCGAUUCCGGGAGUCUCUUCGGCCGCUGGCCCCAAUGUCUACACCAACCCGUCUGAUGCCGUCGGGUACCACUAUUCUCCCCAGACUAGCAUGGCCAACUCUCCGGCCAUGGAUAUGAACGCCACGAACGCCAUGCGACGCGGUUCUGUCGUCUCUGUCAGCUCUGGCAACGAGAUGUUCAACCCCUUCGAUGCUGCCUCCCCAUCUGCCUCGGCGUCCGACGCCAACACGCCGCAGACGGUCGCCUCAUCCAACGCGAUGAUGAUGGCCGACCAGCAGGCUGCUGCUCCCGCCCAAUCGUCGUCCUCCAUCAAGGCUGAGGACUACAUCAGCCCUGAGUAUGCCCAUUUUGCAAGCUAUGCCGCCAACGGCAACGGCAACGACAACGAUGGUGGAAAUGGCUCCGUCUACGGUUUCGACUUCAACAACCAGGCGCAGGACAACGGCCACGUCGAGUGUGGCGGCUGGCAACAGGACGCCCAGGGGUACGAGGACGCGGGCGAUUGUUAAGCUUGACAACAACAAGAUCCACCCGCCCGAUCUGCGUUGCGAGGAUUUUGCGAUUGCGAACCCGCCGCAUCAACUCUCGGGGCUCAGGCAAAUAGUCGACAAACUCAGCCACAACAUAAAAUGACCAACGAUAACCUGGUCUACGGGCGAUUGAGGUUGACAUACCAGCACCACACGACUUUUUUUUUUUUUUUUUUCCUUCUGCUGUUUUUAUUUUCGCAAAAGUGUGUACAACAUUCCGCACAGCAUCGACUGAGCAAGACCGCACAUAAUAAUCCCGGACACGAGAGAGAGAGCUAGCUUGGACG